AUGUUCGGGCCGGAAGGCUCUGGAGGACCUUCAGAUACGUCGACGCACUCUGCCACUGCCACGUCAUCAUCAAGCAGCGCCGUGUUGCGGGCGUCGCGGGAACGUCUGGUGCCGAUUCCGAACAAGCCGCUGCUCAAAAUUGACCCGUCGGCGCGAGCAUCGUCACAUGUUUACCUCUCGCCGUCAUUUCUCCAAUCAGGUACAGAGAGAGAGAGAGAGAGAGAGAGAGAGAGCGAGUAGUUUGUGUCUGACUGUUUGUCCCUCUCUCUGAUGACAAGUCACACAUUCCUCGUGCACUUUCAAGAGAGAGUGUCAAUUUCUUGGAAGCCAGACGCGUUGGAACUUUUUAUUUUACGAAUUUUGAACUCAAACUGCGGCAAAACACAGUCAGACGCUGCUGAGCGCUGCUCUGAUGUAUCUCAAUUGCGGGUAGAGAUAUCAAAAAGUGGUCAACUGAAAAAAUGUGCAGAAUUACCCAGUGAACAUUUUAUCAGUUGACAACUUUUCGAUAUCUCAACAGACAGCUGAGAUACAACGUCUUGAAUGUGAUCGAUUUCAGCGUCCUCGUCGGUCUCCUCUGAAAACGACGACGUCUCGCAGCGGAUCCACGAGGCGACGCGCAGUUUCAAUCAGUUUGGCUCGCAGUUCUUCGAGUCGUUCCAGGAACUUUCAAGGACCAAGAGCGCCUACGAACGGCUCAAGGAGAACUCGUUGAGGAGGAAAUUGGAAAGUGUGAGUUCCCAAAUACGCCCGCGCAUUUUGCCCUUUUGCGAGACGAAGAAGAAGAAGAAGGAACUUUCGGCCUUCACAAACGAAUCGAUUAGUCAAUCCGGUCUCUCUGCGUCUCCUUAUCACUUUCUCUCUCUCUCUCUCUCUCUCGCAAAUCAAAAGAGAGAGAGAGAGAGAGAGAGAGAGAGGAAAAGAGAAAGGCAACGCCCAUGUUCUUCUUCUUCUUCUCUCUUUCUCUCUCCUUUUUCGGCCGACCGACCGGCCCCCAUAAAGGGUUAACCACACCCAAAAACGCAUACAAAACAGAUAAGGUUAACUGUGGAACGGAUGGAAUUUUCUUCCAGAGAUUCGCCGGAGACGACAAUGAAACUGCGACGACUUCGACGUCUUCGCUCUUCGAUAGACAUGCCAGUGGUGAGAGAAAUGAAGCAAAAGAGGGGAACCGAUCGGGGGAAUCGAACUUUGGAGUGUAACUUGGAAAAAGUUAAAAGCGGUAGCCACUAGGCCAUCCGCGCAGCUUUCGAAAGCAGCCGCCAGGUUAUUGAUAUAAGGGGAUGCGGGCGAAGCUGUAAAGACACAAAAUCACUGAAAAAUGAUUACAAAACGUUCAAUGCUAACUUUUCAGAGUUCUCAGCCUUCACUCCGUACCGGAACACUGCUUACGAGUCGACGCAGAGCCUCUUCCAACCGUCCACAUCGAUGAACGACCGAAUUGAGCAGAUCAAAAACGACUUUUUCGCCGAGCAUCAAAGUGAGCACAUUUUUCUCGUAUUCUUUUAGAUGAUUUUGGUCAUUUUAAGCCGUUCUUUUUCCAGAAUCGUUCUCCUCGCUCUCCGGCUUCAACACCCCGACAACAGCUCUCGGAGCCGCUCUUCAAGGCCUCAACAUGAAGAGUGCCUUCGCGCCGGUCCGUUCGAGCCGUUCCAACCUGACAGACCCCAAUCGGACCCAUCUGAUCUCGGACAUUCUCAAGGAGGACCCCGCCGACCGACUGAAGGGCAUCCGGAACGUGCCGAUUCGUCUGAUUCACUCCGCCUCCAACUUCGACAUCGCCUCGUCGAGCUCCGUCGAUUCGGGCCACCAGGACCACGAGAGCAUCGUGAUCGAGGACGCCGACAUGGACAGUCCGACGAGUCCGCAGGUGAAGAGGCCCGCAAAGAACGACUACUUCUCGCGCGACGACUGUCAGCCGCUGACGGUCAACGUGGAGAGUGUCUCGUCGACGUCCGACCUGCCGAGCUCCAUCUCCUCCUCCUCCUUCGUCUACCAGAACUUUGACCCGUCGGACUUCCAGCGAAAGAUCGAAGAAUUGACGGCCGCCUCGUGCCUGGCGGUGAUGCCCGACGCCAACGGAAUCGUCGAUCCCGAGAAGAUCCGGACGCAACUGGACGCGGUGCGGAGGCAGAUGGGCGAGAUGCAGACGAUCAUCUCCGAGGCGCAGGGCGAGCUCCGCGCCUCCUCGUCGCCCAAUCUCAACGUCGACUCGUCGUUCGACGACUCUUCCAACUGCGAACCGUCGCCCAGCUCCUCGUACAACGAUUCGGAGACGUCGUUGAAGAGACUCCAUCAUUGUACGCAUCCGAAUUGCGGCAAAGUGUACACGAAGAGCAGCCAUUUGAAAGCGCACUUUAGGACGCAUACUGGUGAGCACUUUUGGCGCCACAAAUUUUUUGAAGUAAAAAAACGAAAAAAAACGAAAAAAAAACGAAAAACAAAAAACUUUUUUUUCACAGCCUGAAUAACCGCAUUACUUUUAAAAGUGGCAUUUGGCAUUUCCUUUAUCACGGCCGAUUUGAAACUUUAGAAAUAUAUAGCAAAUGCGCCGGCUCAAAACGCUUGUGUGAUUUUCUGAAAACUGGACGUUUCUUGCAGGCGAAAAACCGUACGAGUGCAGCUGGCCGAGUUGUACUUGGCGCUUUGCGAGAUCCGACGAGUUGACGAGGCAUUAUAGAAAGCAUACCGGUAAGAAACCUUUAAAAACGUUUUUAUUUUCAUCCAAAACAUGUUUUUUUUGCAGGAGACCGCCCAUUCAAAUGUAACCAGUGCUCGCGAGCGUUCUCGCGCAGUGACCAUCUCUCGCUGCACAUGAAACGUCACUUUUGA